CCGGCGAACCGAAGAGAAACUUUGAUCCUUGCGGGCCACCAUCCCGGAAGUAGAAUUUAAAGGAAGAAAGUACGGGGAUUGCUGGGGAUAAGUAAAUUCCUGAAGGCUCUGGGUGGGGAUUCUUAGAACUUUCUGUGGUAUGUGUUAACGAGGGGGCGACUCAGAGGACUUAGUCACCUCACGUAAAGGAGCUAGCUUCUCUGCUGAGCCUGACCAGUAUGUGUCGUAGGAUGAGCCUCGGGGCUUCUGGUAAGAGUCCAUCUGAGAAAGCCGGUCUGCGCUGUUCCUUGGUGGCGACGUUGGUUAUUAGAUGAGCUGAUUUUUUAGUGGUUUACCAUGGCCCAGCGGGCAGUGUGGCUCAUAAGUCACGAACCAAGAACUGCGCUUUGUGGCACCGUGAGAUUCUCCAGACGUUAUCCAACUGUUGAAAAACGAGCCAGAGUCUUCAAUGGAGCAAGUUAUGUGUCUAUUCCUGAAGAUGGCCCAUUUCUUAAAGCACUGCUCUUUGAACUUAGAUUAUUGGAUGAUGAUAAGGACUUCGUGGAGAGUCGUGACAGCUGUUCACGCAUCAAUAAAACAUCCAUUUAUGGACUCCCCAUAGGAGGUGAAGAACUCUGGCCAGUUGUUGCUUUUCUGAAGAGUGGCAUGAUAUAUGCUUGUGUUCCACUAGUCGAACAAACUCUAUCCCCUCGUCCGCCGUUAAUUAGCAUCAGUGGAAUUUCACAAGGUUUUGAACUUCUUUUUGGGAUACAGGAUUUUCUGUACUCAGGUCAAAAAAAUGACACUGAGCUGAGCACAAAAUUGAGCCAAUUGCCUGACUUGCUUCUACAGGCUUGUCCAUUUGGUACCAUAUUAGAUGCCAAUUUACAGAAUUCAUUGGAUAAUGUCCAUUUUGCUUCUGUGACUCAGCCACAGAAACAGCCAGCCUGGAAAGCUGGAACAUACAAAGGAAAACCCCAAGUUUCUAUUUCUAUUACUGAAAAGGUAAAAUCCAUGCAAUAUGAUAAACAGGAUAUAGCAGAUACGUGGCAAGUUGUUGGAACAGUCACUUGCAAGUGUGAUUUGGAAGGAAUCAUGCCAAAUGUUACCAUCAGCUUGAGUCUCCCCACCAAUGGAUCUCCACUUCAAGAUGUUUUAGUUCAUCCUUGUGUGACUUCUCUCGACUCUGCCAUAUUGACUUCUAGUAGCAUUGAUGCAAUGGAUGAUUCUGCAUUUAGUGGGCCUUACAAAUUUCCAUUCACUCCACCUUUAGAGUCAUUCAACUUAUGCUACUACACUUCCCAGGUCCCUGUCCCACCAAUUUUGGGUUUUUAUCAAGUGAAAGAAGAAGAAAUACAGCUAAGAAUAACAGUUAAUUUAAAACUUCAUGAAAGUGUGAAAAAUAAUUUUGAAUUCUGUGAAGCUCAUUUACCUUUUUACAAUAGAGGUCCAAUUACACAUUUGGAAUACAAAGUUAGUUUUGGCCAACUUGAAGUAUUUAGAGAGAAAAGCUUACUGGUCUGGAUUAUUGGCCAGAAGUUCCCAAAGUCAAUGGAAAUUAGUCUUUCUGGAACUGUAACUUUUGGAGCCAGGAGCCAUGAGAAGCAGCCAUUUGACCCAAUUUGUAUUGGAGGUACAGCAUAUUUAAAGCUUCAUUUUAGGAUCUUAGAUUAUACACUCACUGGGUGUUAUGCGGAUCAGCAUUCAGUUCAAGUUUUUGCAUCAGGAAAACCAAAAAUAAGUGCACACCGGAAACUAAUUUCUUCUGAUUAUUACAUCUGGAAUUCUAAAGCCCCUGCUCCAGUAACAUAUGGAUGAUUAUUACUGUAUUUUCUCAUGUUUAAAUGGAAUUUAUAUAAUAGUAACAUAGCUUAAAUGAAAUCACAAUUUUACUCUUACGUAAUGUUUUCAGCCUGAUAUAAUUUGAAAGAACAUUUUAAAGGCUAAUGUCUCCAAUUUUUUUACCCCUUGCUUUUAUGCCAAUAUAGGUCAGAACACAGAAAAGUAGUGAUUCACUCUGGCUUAUUUUAGACUAGUCCUGGGUCAUCCUGCCACUGUGUUCCUUUCUGCCCCUGUGGCAGACAUUGCUAAUCAAUCACAGCCCUUUUUCUAUAAUGAGCCUUCCUGGAUAAGAGUCAGGCUCCUUCUCAGUGGAGAGAUUCAGACAGCUGCUCCCAAUGGAAUGUAGAUAACAUGCAAGAUAAAAAUUAUUUGCUCUUCCAAACCUUGGUACUAAACUCCUAGUACCACAUGUUGUCACUGUGUUAGAAACAACUGUA